GUAUAUACCGAGACGAUCUCCAGAAAAGUGUAGUUAACGACAAGUGAAGUAAAUGCAAGGUCCCAUUUAGGGAUGAAGUUAUUGAUUAUUUUGACGCUGUGCGCCCUCGCGGCUGCGAAACCAUGGGAGCUUUCAGUCCUAAAUGACGCCCAAAAACUCGAACCCGCUGCACCAGAGGAACCUCCUCAGCCUGAACCCCCAGCACCAGAGGAACCUGCACUGCCUGAACCCCCAGCAUCAGAGAAACCUGCACUGCCUGAACCCCCAGCACCAGAGGAGCCUACACAGCCUGAACCUCCAGCACCAGAGGAACCUGCACAGCCUGAACCCCCGGCACCAGAGGAACCUCCACAGCCUGAACCUCCAGCACCAGAGGAACCUCCACAGCCUGAACCUCCAGCACCAGAGGAACCUGCACAGCCUGAACCCCCGGCACCAGAGGAACCUCCACAGCCUGAACCUCCAGCACCAGAGGAACCUGCACAGCCUGAACCCCCGGCACCAGAGGAACCUCCACAGCCUGAACCCCCAGCACCAGAGGAACCUGCACAGCCUGAACCCCCGGCACCAGAGGAACCUCCACAGCCUGAACCCCCAGCACCAGAGGAACCUGCAAAACCUGAACCCCCAGCACCAGAGGAACCUGCACAGCCUGAACCCCCGGCACCAGAGGAACCUCCACAGCCUGAACCCCCAGCACCAGAGGAACCUCCACAGCCUGAGCCUCCAGCACCAGAGGAACCUCCAAAGCCUGAACCCCCAGCACCAGAAGAACCUACACAGCCUGAACCUCCAGCACCAGAGGAACCUGAACUGCCUGAACCCCCAGCACCAGAAGAGCCUGCACAGCCUGAACCCCCAGCACCAGAGGAACCUCCACAGCCUGAACCUCCAGCACCAGAGGAACCUGCACUGCCUGAACCCCCAGCACCAGAAGAACCUGCACAGCCUGAACCUCCAGCACCAGAAGAACAUCCACAGCCUGAACCUCCAGCACCAGAGGAACCUGCACAGCCAGAACCACCAGCACCAGAGGAACCUGCACAGCCUGAACCACCAAAACCUGAAGAACCUCCAAAACCUGAACCCCCAGCACCCGAAGAGCCCCCACAGCCUGAGCCCCCAACUCCACAACUGCCACAGACCGUAGAAGAGCUGGUUGCAGAACUCUUGAAGUUCAUUUACAAUGUAGUGGAGAAUGGCUGGCCAAUUUUCAAUCUUCCUCCUCUUGAGCCUUUGGUCCUAGAAUACUUCGAACUACCUGUUAAUGCUGGAAUUAUUAACGUCGAACUCAAGCUGAAAGAUGCUGUCGCAUUUGGUUUUGGAAACCUGAUUGUACACAAAAUCGAUCUCAAUGUCGAUGACCUUACUUUGGAUAUAGAUAUUGGCCUACCCACACUUGAUAUUACUGCUGAAAACUACGAUUUGGUUGGAGAUUUCUUUGGUGCUCUUCCUCUUUUCGGAAACGGCAGAGCCGAAUUCGAAGUUGAAGGAUUCCGCUUCCGUGCCAAACUGUUUUUGGAGCAACACGAGAACAAAAAAUCAGUAGUCAUUAAUAGAGUUGAAAAUGCUGCCUUUACUAUUCCACACCUAAAAUCCAACCUCUCUGGAGUUAUCGGUGGUGGCAGCAUCGACGCUGUUAUCAACAAGCUGAUUGAGGAAGUUAUCAUUGGAUACGUCAACAGGUUCCAUGGCGCUAUUUCUAUUGUUACUUCGACCAUUUCAACUACUCUAGGAAACGAUAACUUGAAAAAGCUCGAUACCUGGAAAUACAUUGAAGCUGUACGUUCUUAAAUAAUACCUGCCUACUGUACAAAAUUUAAUAAAAAUGAAAGAUGACUAUCUAAUAAAUAUGAAAAAUAAUUUUAUUCAGUA